AUGCUCCGCCGUCGCCUGGCCAAGGACGACAAUGUCCAAUCCUCUUCUGCAGACUCAUCUCGCGAUGAAAGCAAAGUAGUUCCCGCUACGCAGACUGCGACGUCCCCCGAGAAGCCGAAAAAAGAAUCAUUUGUGACGAAGCCGCGCAGUAAACGCCGCAAUGGUCUUAUCUUCGUGCUAGGCGGCAUCUUCGGAAUUCUCGUCGCCGCGUUUUUCGCCAACCAGCAGGAUGUGAUCAGCCUCGAUGCGCUGAUGGAUCUGAACUUGGAUGCAUUGAUAGAUGUCAUACCACAGGGCAUUGUGAAAGAUGUGAGGGAGUUCUCGCAACAUGAGCGUGAUGCUGUCGCCUAUGAUUCAUUUUCCGUCGGUCUACAACUUCAGUCGCAAGGUAUUCAAGCUAAGCAUCCCAUUGUCAUGAUUCCCGGCGUUAUCUCCACUGGACUCGAGAGCUGGGGCACUGAGGUGUCGUCCCGCCAGUACUUCCGUCGGAGACUCUGGGGCAGUUGGAGCAUGAUGCGUGCUUUGGUCCUGGAUAAGGCAGAGUGGAAAAACCAUAUCAUGCUGGAUAAGGAUACCGGAUUGGAUCCGCCCGGGAUCAAGCUACGAGCGGCGCAGGGUUUUGAUGCGACUGAUUUCUUCAUCACCGGUUACUGGAUCUGGAAUAAGAUCCUUGAGAACCUGGCGACCAUCGGGUAUGAUCCGACGAAUGCCUUUACUGCCGCUUAUGAUUGGAGACUGUCUUAUCUGAACCUGGAGAUUCGUGACCAGUACUUCAGUCGGUUAAAGUCCUACAUCGAGACUGCCGUUCUCGUGAAAGGAGAAAAAGUGGCUCUAGCUUCGCACAGUAUGGGCUCUCAGGUGCUCUUCUAUUUCUUUAAGUGGGUUGAACAUCCGGAACACGGCAAUGGAGGCAGUGACUGGGUUAACAGACACAUUGCAUCUUGGAUCAACAUCAGUGGGUGCAUGCUGGGCGCCGUCAAGGGUCUGACGGCCGUCCUCUCGGGCGAAAUGAGGGAUACUGCCCAACUGAAUGCCUUCGCCGUGUACGGAUUGGAGAAAUUCCUGUCCAAGGAAGAACGAGCUGAGAUCUUCAGGGCCAUGCCCGGCAUCUCGAGCAUGCUUCCCAAGGGCGGAGAAGCUGUAUGGGGCAAUGCAACGUGGGCUCCGGACGACCAGCCCGGCCAGCACACGAGCUACGGAAAUCUGCUGAAGUUCCAGCAGAGCAACUCGUCCCUGACAGCCAAGAACCUCACAGUCUCCGAAAGUCUGGCGUAUCUCAUGAACACGAGCGAUGAAUGGUACCGCAAUCAAGUCCAGACCAGCUACUCGCACGGCGUCGCGCACACCACUGCGGAAGUCGAAGCAAACGAAAACGACCCUCGCACUUGGCUCAACCCCCUCGAGGCUCGUUUGCCAUUGGCUCCGGACAUGAAGAUCUACUGCUUCUACGGCGUCGGCAAACCAACCGAACGCAGCUACUACUACCAGGAGGAACGUGAUCCCCUGGUCAACCUCAACGCCAGCAUCGACACGACUGUCACCAACAACGACGGAGUCGACCACGGCGUUGUCAUGGGCGAAGGCGACGGCACCGUCAACCUCCUCAGCACAGGUUACAUGUGCGCCAAGGGGUGGAAUAUCAAACGGUACAACCCAGCCGGAGUCAAAAUCAAGGUCUUUGAAAUGCCUCACGAACCAGAUAGGUUCUCACCACGUGGUGGUCCAAACACAGGCGAUCACGUUGACAUCCUCGGCCGAGCCUCCCUCAACGAACUCAUCCUCCGCGUCGCAGGCGGCCACGGCGACGAAAUCGAAGAAACCUUCGUCUCGAGAAUAAAAGAGUACGCAGACCGGGUGCAGAUCUUCGAAGAGGAAUAG